GACGACGACGACGGCGGCAACGGCGGCGGCGGCGGCGGCCGCCUCGCACCUCGCGCACCGACUGACGACGAUGACGGAGCCGGAACUGUGCCGGUUGUGCGCCGAGACCAGGGAGAAUCUCAUCGGGAUCUACGACGCCGAGGGCCAGAAGCUCGCGAUCGAGGCCAAGAUCGCCAAGUGCCUGCAGAUACAGGUUCUAAUGACAGACGGUUUGCCGCUUGCGGUUUGUAUUGACUGCUGUGAUUUGUUGAACCAAUGCAGCGAGUUCUUUGAGAAGACCAAUCAAGCACAAAUAUCUCUAAGACAAUUGCUGAUAGAUCCAAAGUCCGAGCCACAACCGAUCGAACCAAAUAUAGAGUAUGUGGAGGAGACUGUAGAGUUUCCAAAGAACGAGGUUAACAAUAGGGAGCAGAUUGUCCAUUGCCAAUUACCUGGCAAUUUCAUCAACGAGACGGUCAAUAUUUUAAACACUUCCUACUUCAUCGAGGGAUGUAACAAAAACGAGAAUACCGAAGCUCAGGCGAUGCAAGAUAGCGCGAAGCAGAAGAAGUGUAAGAUGCAGAUAAAGAAAAGCUCUCCUAAACAGACCAAGAAAAAACUGAAGAAAAAAGGCCAGAUGCAAAAGAUCGAAGAGGAGUCCGAGCUUAGCCGCAUGUCUUCUCAAAUGGACAAGGAAGACAAUGAGGCAACUCUGAAAGAUAACAUUGAAAUCGUAGAUAAUUAUAUGCCAGUAGAGACAGAAUCAAAUUUAGAAAUAAGAGAAACACGAGCGGUGGAGGCAACGAAGCACGGAAGAAAAAAGACGGAAGGUCUGGACAGAUAUCCUUGGCUAUGCACAGAUUGCAACGACAAAUUACCGUCUCUGGAAGCACUAGAGGAGCAUCACGAAACGGUGCAUAAUCAACAAGCCAAGUAUAUGUGCGUGCAAUGUUGUAAGGUUUACGACAAAUAUUAUGGGUUCCUCACUCACGUUAAGAGGCAUAAGAAUAAGGCGAAGUUCAACUGUGACGAUUGCGGAAAAUCAUUUGUACAUAAAAAAGUAUUAGAGUCUCAUAAGGCUGUUCACAGCGAAGAACGGCCAUUUGUGUGCCAAACUUGCGGUAAAGCUUUCAGACAGCAAAGUGCUUUAUGUAUCCAUAAUCGAUGCCAUUUGCCUGAGACCAUGAAGAAUAGAUUUCCAUGCGAUCAGUGUGAUAAAAGGUUUUCGACGAAACCAAAUCUUGUAACACACAAGCGCAUUCAUUCUGGUGUGAGGAACUUUACAUGCGAUCAGUGUGGCAAAAGUUUCAUACAGAAAGGGAAUUUAGAGGCUCAUUUCCUAACUCACUCGCCAGAUAAGCCAUACAAUUGCUCCCAGUGUACAAAGGCAUUUAAAACGCCCCUGCAAUUGAAGAAACAUGAGACGGUGCAUACCGGCGCCAAGCCGCAUCAGUGUGCGGUAUGCGGACGAACUUUCAGAGAGAAGGGGACUUUGAGAGAACAUCACAGAAUUCAUACCGGUGCGAUGCCGUUUACUUGUGAAUUCUGCGGGAAGUGCUUCCGUUUCAAAGGGAUAUUAACUACGCACAGGCGACAACAUACCGGGGAGCGUCCGUACAGUUGCCUCGAGUGUCAGCAUCACUUCACAAAUUGGCCAAAUUACAACAAGCACAUGAAACGUCGACAUGGAAUCAAUACUUCUCACACUAAGCAUCUGACCAAUAAUCAACAAUUGCAACAGCAACAGUCGACAGAGCAAACGCAAUCGCCUCAGAUACAGCAGCAGUCCGCUGCAGAGGACACACUUGCCAUACCUCACACAGAGUCAACGACAGCACAAGUAAUACAAGCAGUUCCUCACGCCUCAGCAUCACAAUCGAUAGUUCUCGAAACUCAACUUCCGACGACUACUAUUCAGACAACUACUAUUCAGACUUUCCAAACGGACGUCACUAAUACUGUCCAGGAAACGGUAUUCAGAGACCGAAACACGUAUUUUAAUCCAGUGUUACAAAACUUUUUGCCAGCGAACUUGUCGUAUAACUUUUAUAGCAUUCCUACGGAGAAUGAUUUAAUUCAACCUAGAUAAAAGUGUUCGUUAAAGUUAAGCUUGAGUAAAGACGACCAUGUUUUUGUGCCGAUUGGUCAAGUUCGAAAAGCAAUGACAUAUAACAUAUUAAAAUCAAAUUUAAAUUUGCCCAAAAAUGCGAGAUUAAACGGGAUCUUAUA